AUGGAAAAGAGUGUCAAAUGCUGCUGCGGAAAUCCUGUGUACGCGAACGUCGGCGUCCUCGGCCACAUCGACAGUGGCAAGACGUCUCUUGUUCGCGUCUUGACGGCCGUCCGCAGCACGGCGUCCCUCGAUAAACACCCUCAGAGCCAGGAGAGAGGAAUCACGAUUGACCUCGGUUUUUCCGCAUUCACUUUGAACCUUGAUACAAGCUGCCCAUCAAGCAACUGCUCUGCCGGCUCUGCCGGGCAGGCGGUGCGACAAGCCACGCCAGGAGAGAAGGGAAAGGGCAGCUGUUUCCUCAAACGAGACGAUGAAGAAGCAAACACAGCUUCUCCAGCAACUGGGGCUUCCUCACACUGUCCUUGCCCUUGCACCGCUGACGCACGCGAACCGUUUCCACGGUGUACGUACACCGAAGAAGAAACCGUCUACGCUAGCGGCGUAGUGUCAGGGAAGAAUGACAGGGAAACGCCUGUUCAGAUUUGUCUUGUGGACUGCCCCGGGCACGCGUCCUUGAUUCGGACGAUUAUUGGAGGUGCACAGAUCAUUGACGUCGUCCUCUUAGUGAUUGAUGCAACAAAAGGCAUCCAAACGCAAACCGCAGAGUGCCUGGUGGUAGCCGAGCUCCUUGCGCGGCACCUGAUCGUCGUCUUGAACAAAAUCGACCUGUUUCCCGAAGCUACGCGCGCCAAGAAGGUCGCCGCAGUAACGACAAAGCUCCGGGCGGUCUUCGCACAGACUGUCUUCGGCGCAGAUGUGCCUAUAGUGGCUGUUGCCGCAAAUCCGGACGCGAUCCAGGACCCCUCGAACCUGCAGCCAGCGUGGAACGUCGAGGCGGUCGCGGACGCGCUGGCGGCUGUCUUGACCGCCUCCGAUGCCUCGCCUGCGCCGGCGGCUACGCGGCCCUCGCGGCUCGUGGACCGAAUGCGCGCGCAGCAACGGUGUUGGGCCUGCCGCUGCUGCCAGACGGCGCCGGCGUCUCUAGCACCCUCCGCCGGGGCCUUCUACCUCGUGUUCGACCACUGCUUCGCCCUCAAAGGAAAAGGGACAGUUCUGACGGGGACUGUGCUGUGUGGGCGCGUGAGCGUCGGCGACGCGGUCGUCGUGCUGAGCGCGGCUCCAGGGGCCGGCGCGCCCGUCGCCACAAAGGUGCGCAGCUUGCAGACGUUUCGAAAAAGCGUGGAGUCUGCGAGAAGAGGUCAAAGAGUGGCGCUGUGCGUCACGGCGGUAGACGCCUCUAGUCUGGAACGCGGCGCAGUGUGCGACCCGCAGCACGCCCCUCCUGUCGUGGACGGCUGCAUUGCCGUUGUCGACCGCAUUCGAUUUUAUAAGCCAAAUAUCGUCACGGGCGCGAAAUUUCACUGCACAGUAGGCCACACCACAACCAUGUGCACGGUGCACUUUUUCGGGGCGUUUUCCAGCGACCAGCGAGGAGGUGCGAACGCCGGCGGAGCGCCACUGGCAUCGAGUCCCGCAGCGGGAAAAUCGGCCGCGAGUGCGUCCAGCUUGAAUGUGGGAAGACUCGUUCGUAGUUGGGAGAAAGGAAGCGACGCGGCAGGGCUGGUCAAAGAGUGGCCUGCGACGCUGGACCUCGGUGCGGUGUAUCGACACCUGGAGGAGCUGACCCUCAGGCAGGGGGGAGCGAUGCCCCAUUCUCAGUCGGCUGGCAAAGGGGAAAGGCUCUCUGGACAGCCUAGGAGCGCAGGAUCGGCACUUGCCGAUGGAGAGACCGAAAAAGAGAAGCCUGUGCACCAGUUCGCGAUUCUUGCUUUCGAAAAGCCGAUCAUAGUACCUCCGCGCAGUCUCUUCAUCUGCUCGAAGCUCGAUAUGGAUAUUAGCUCCCCUAUGUGCAGACUAGCCUUUUUCGGGCAGAUGCUGAUGCCGCUUAACGUUGCCCUGCCUCCUGUCUCGGCUACCUGUGCCGCGUCCGGGCAGCGCUCGAGCCAACCAGCCAAGAAGACACUCGGCGGCAGCUCUGCAGCCUCGCACAGCGCAAUGGGGGGAGGCAUGCACUCAGUUCUCACCCAUCCUACGGUAGUCGGUUUGCCGAUUUACAAGUGGAAGCACAAAGUGGGAACUGUGGAGCGGCUCGUUUUCGAUCCGCCGUGCCGCUGCAGCGAGAAAGGAGCAGCCGAAAAUCAGGUGGGCAAAUGCACAGCACAGUCGCUGAUUGGCCGCGGCUUGUUCAAGUCGGCGCAGCACGUCUCGCGGUUUCUAGGUUUCCGCGUCACAUUGAACACGCACGGAGAUGCCGAGAUGCAAACAGAAGACACAGAUGGCGGAACACAGAAGAAAGGAGGAUCUCCGGACACGCAAGCAGCAACGAAGACAGCCAGGCACACUUCAGCGCCGAGCAACGAAGGAUACACAAAGAGUGGGGUGCCGGGGCGGACAGAUGAGGGGGACGGGCCAGCAGGAGAGCAAUUUGAAGGCCGCAUCGAGAAGGCUUUUGGAAGCAAAGGGAAAUUUGUCGUUGAGCUCGACACGCCCGUCACAUGUUCGGCAGUCCCCGCACAUGCGAAAGGGCAAACGAGCAAGUCGCCAGGAUUUUGGAUCCAUCUCGACUACCAGAAAAAAAUAUACGACAAAGCAGCAGGCUUUUCCCAAGCCUAG